AACCUCUUGAGAUCAAGGUAAUUUAUCAUAAUAACCAAGAUGGCGUCUGUUCCCACACCGGAGGAACUGAAAAAGUUCAAAGUUGUUGAAUUGAGGGAAAAACUAUCUAAUUUGGAGCUACCAACGGCAGGUUUGAAAGCAGAGCUCAUCACAAGAUUACACAACUACUAUGUUCAGGAAAGUCUCGACGAAGAUGCAGAAAAGUCUCCUCCAAUGGAAGAAGAAUCUCCAGAUGAGGAAAAGGAGGAAGAUUUGCCUUUGCCACCCGUACCAGUUCAAGUACCAGUACAAACACCUGAGGUCCCUGACAAUGCUGGGCCAUCUCGAUCUGUAGAUGAAGAUCUCCAGAGAAAGGUUGCUCUCCAGCAACAAAUGUUAAAUGUAGAGCACCAGCAGGAACAGGAAAAGAAGCUACUGGAGCAACAGAAGGAAGCUCUGGCAAUACAGGCCCGACACCAGGCAGCUAUGAUGAUACAGCAACCCCCACAGCAUGUGGCUCCUCCUCCUCCCCCACCUGCCCCGGUGUCUGUACCUCCCCCUCCUAACAUAGACCUGAUGGAGAAGGUCCGACAACAACAACAGAUGCUAGAGGCAGAAAAACACAAACAGAUGAUGGAACAACAACAAAAGAUAAUACAACAACAACAACAGCAGCAGCAACAACAGCAAGCUAUCAGUCAAGCAGAGGCAGAACGGAGAAUCAAGGAGGCAGAGAUCUUCAGACAACAAAAAUUUGCUCUGAUGGAGGCUCAAAGAGAGGAGCAGCAGCUGCGAAUGCAAAAGGAACAGCAAAGACCACCUGCCCAUCAGAUGCCAGUGCCCCCACCAGGCCUCCCUGUGAUGUCUCACCCACAACCACCAUCCACUACUAUUCAACAGCAACCUCCACAGGCUCCCCCACCCGUUCAGAUUACAACCACAUUACCCCCACAGAUGCCUCCCCAGAUAAGUGGACCACCUCCUCCUGUGGGUCCCCCUCAGGGACUUCCACAGCCAGCACCAGCACCACCAGGACUGGGGCCACCACCAGGUCGUUCAGCUCCACAAGAACUGAUAAGCUUACCUCCACCCCCUCAUGGAGUACCUCCCCCUCAGAAUAUUGGAAUGAUGCCACCACAGGCAUCUCCAAUGCAGACUAGUGCUCCUCCCCCUGGAAUGCCACCUCAACAACAGGCUGAUACUAGUAUGCAGCAGAUGAUACCACCUUCACAGCCCAUGAUUCAACAGCCACAGGCACCUCCUGCUGUGUCGGAACCACAUCAUGAGGGACCACCUCCAUCCCUGCAGCCGCCGCCGAUGAGGCCACCCCCUCCACAGCAGUCACAAAUCGGUAUUCCACCGCCACCCAUGUUACAACAGCCACCAGGACCACCAUCUACCAUGGUCCAGAUGGGUGCUCCUCCUCAACAGCAGUCCGGACCUCCACCACCACCACGUCCUACAGGCAUAGUAACAGGACCCCCCUUGUCUGGACCACCACCCCCAGGGGUUGUCCAGACACCACCAAUGGAGAAGCUACCAUCUCCACAGCUGGAGCCCCCACAGCCACAGCCUCCUAAAGAGAUCAAGCUCCCACAUGCUCUGGAGAAGAUUCUGGCCUUUAAAGAUGUGAGGGCCCAGGAGGUGGGGCUUACCCCUGAGGAGGUCGAGACCAUGCAUCAACCAGAGGAGAGAGAGGAGGUAGAGGAGAUGGAGGGUGAAGAAGAUGAUGAUGUUGGAUAUGGUACUUACGACAUGGAUGAAGAUGCUGACAAGCCAGAGGAUGUUCCUGUAGAAAAAGAGUCCAAAAAUAAGAGGAGAAAGAAGAAGAAAAAGAAGGCAAAGAAGAGUCGACAGCAACAACAACAGCCAAUGUCAGAAUAUACUCGGAAGGAUGACUCUGAGGAAGAUGUACAGAUUGAGUACAUACAGGAGCAGUUAGACCUGGAACCUUCAGAUCCAAACUACUUCACAUUCGCAAAGAUAUUCGAAGCAUUCAAGAUAUCAGAGACAGAGAAACUAAAGGAAAAGAAAGAAGAAAAAGUUGAAGAAAAGAAAAGAGAAGAAAUUCCCGAACCAAGAGGCAUCUUCGAUGAAGAUGACAGUGACGAGGAUGGAGAGGAUAAGAAAUUAGAUGAUGACACACCUAAAAUGUCAAAGAAGAAACUGAAAAAGAUGACUCGACUAAGUGUAGCCCAGCUGAAGCAGUUGGUGAGUCGUCCUGAUGUUGUGGAAAUGCACGAUGUGACUGCCCAGGACCCUCGCCUGUUGGUACAGCUGAAGGCCACACGCAACACAGUGCCUGUCCCUCGGCACUGGUGCUUCAAACGCAAGUAUCUCCAGGGCAAGAGAGGAAUUGAGAAACCUCCUUUUGAGCUGCCUGAGUAUAUCAAGGCUACAGGCAUCAUGGAAAUGAGAGAGGCACUUGCUGAGAAGGAAGACCAAAAAACAUUGAAAGCAAAAAUGAGAGAAAAAGUACGACCAAAAAUGGGGAAAAUAGACAUUGAUUAUCAAAAACUUCAUGACGCUUUCUUCAGAUGGCAGACCAAGCCUAAAAUGACAAUACAUGGUGAUCUAUAUUACGAGGGGAAAGAAUUUGAAACACGAUUAAAAGAAAAGAAACCAGGAAAUUUGUCAGACGAAUUAAGAACAGCUUUAGGCAUGCCAGUAGGACCGAAUGCAGAUAAAUUUCCACCCCCAUGGUUGAUUGCUAUGCAGCGAUAUGGUCCACCACCUUCUUAUCCUAAUUUAAAAAUUCCUGGACUUAAUGCUCCGAUACCUGAAGCAACCUCCUUCGGUUAUCAUGCAGGAGGCUGGGGAAAGCCUCCAGUUGAUGAGAAUGGUAAACCUUUAUAUGGAGAUGUUUUUGGCACACAAAGUGGUGACUUCCAGGUGGUAGUGGAAGAGGAAGAAAUAGAUAAGUCCCACUGGGGUGAGCUGGAGGAGGAAUCGUCAGAGGAAGAGGAUUCUGACGAGGAUGAGGAAGACGAGGAAGAUAUGACAGGUCUAGUCACACCAGGUGGUGAAGGAUUGGUGACGCCAAGUGGUAUCACGUCAGUACCGAUGGGUGUGGAGACACCAGAUAUGAUAGAACUGAGGAAAAAGAGGAUAGAGGAUGCCAUGGACCAAGGGGGAGAAACUCCUGCUCUCUACACAAUCUUACCUGAGAAAAAGUCGGCAGUGGGUGGAGCGAUGAUGGGCUCAUCACAUAUAUACGACAUGUCAGCGGGUGUGCCUGGAAGUAAGAAGACUGAUAAGACAGCUCCUGAAGGGAUUGAGGUUGCCCUGAAUCCAGAGGAACUGGAUCUUGACAGUGCUGCUAUGCAGGCCAAGUAUGACCAAACAAUGAGGGAACAACAGUCACAACUAGAGAAAGAAGAUCUCAGCGACAUGGUGGCUGAACACGCUGCCAAGCAGAAGAAACGAAAGAAACAACAACAAGAUAGCGGGAAAGCUGCCAAAAAAUACAAAGAGUUCAAGUUUUAAUGUUAAAGUGUCUGUCUGCUGUUCUGCUAUAAACUAUAUGUUGUAUGUGUUCAUGGACAAAAAAUACCGGAAUCAUGUAAUGGUGUGAAAGUUGGAAAUGAUAGGAAUUUAUAGUAAUAGUUGGUACUGUUCUACUGGCAACAGCACUAAGCCGAUCAUACGGAAUUUACAGCAACAGUUGGUACUGUUCUCCUGGCUACAGCACCAAGCUGAUCAUACAGAAUUUACAGCAACAGUUGGUACUGUUCUACUGGCUACAGCACUAAGCUGAUCAUACAGAAUUUACAGCAACAGUUGGUACUGUUCUACUGGCUACAGCACUAAGCUGAUCAUACAGAAUUUACAGCAACAGUUGGUACUGUUCUACUGGCUACAGCACUAAGCUGAUCAUACAGAAUUUACAGCAACAGUUGGUACUGUUCUACUGGCUACAGCACUAAGAUGAUCAUACAGAAUUUACAGCAACAGUUGGUACUGUUCUACUGGCUACAGCACUAAGAUGAUCAUACAGAAUGUACAGCAACAGUUGAUACUGUUCUACUGGCUAAACAAUAACCCAGUAAUACAGAAGUUAUGCCAAAGGACUGUAAGAUAUCAAAGCUGCAAUGUUGGAUGUACUGACAAGGUCUUGUGAACCCUUCAUUUCAAUUGAUCGAGAGAGAUUUGAAAAAUUGUGGGAGGAAUAAAUUUUAAAACAUUCA